UGAGCAUCGCUUCAAGUAGUGACUGGGACAUGACUGCAGAAGCCGCACUGCAAGGGUCUGCGGCAGAGGCUUCGAAAAGCGGCUCCCACACAUUGAAGUGCCCCGAGGAGCAGGGUGGCAGCUCCCAUGUAGCUGCUGAAGGAGUUCCUGCUGACUGCGUCUUGCUGGAGGAAACCUUGGGCAGUCGCUCAGUUGUCACAAAGGGAACAUGUGUGACUGGCUGCUCGCAAGAUUGUUCCGACAGCAGUGUCCGAGGUACUGAACAAGCUUCACAAGACUCUCCAGAAGAUGUGUUCUCCAACAGCUCCACGCCUGAGUGCCCUACAGCAAAUGUGCUUUCCUGUGUGCCAGCUGCAAGGUCUCCAUCAAAGAAAUACAAGCAAACCAUUCGACGUCUGCAAGCCAAAGUAGCAGCACAGCGGAAAACUAUCAAAAGACUGCUGAGGCAGCCUCACCGAGCACCGUCAUCGACUUCAAAGGCCCUUGGCAUUAUCCGACCGCACGUCACCGAGGAGGUUUUUAAACUUCUUUCUGCACAUGUUCGCUUGAGGCCCAAAGGCAAGGGCAAGCGGUUUCCCGUGUGGUUCAAGAAAUUUGCUCUUCACUUAAACUUCCGUGGUCCGCGAGCAUACCGAUUUCUGGCUCCAUAUUUUUCUUUGCCCUCCCGGCGUUCAUUAAGGAGGUGGCUAGCCAAUGUAAAGAUGACUCCAGGCACAAUUCCAGGAAUCAUUUCUUCCAUUGCAACAAAUACUCAAGCUUGGAAUGAACGGGACCGAGUUGCUGAUGUCACUCCCCGGGAGCCAAAUUGA